AAUUGAUAGUUUUCUUUAUUGAAACAUUUAAGAAAGUAUAUGGUAUUGAGAAUAUGUCACAUAAUAUUCACAGUUUUGUACAUCUUGUUGAUGACGUCAAAAGAUUUGGACCGCUUGACAACUUCACUGCAUUUAAAUUUGAAAAUUAUAUGAAAACAUUGAAAAAAUAUAUUAGGAAAACAGAGAGACCUUUACAACAAGUUGUGCGGAGAUAUUUUGAACAAGAAAUAAACUCGGAUUUAUCAUUAUCAACUUCUCUUUCAUCACAUUCUGUUUUGGUACAUCCAAAUUUAACCAAUUUGCAUUAUGAUGGUCCACUUGUUUCCAAUUGUAACAAUCCACAAUAUAAAAUUGUGAAGUAUAAAGGAAUUACAUUGAAAGCUGGGACACUCGCCGAUAGUUGUUGCGGCUUAAAUUGUGGUGCCAUUGUAUGUAUAGAAAAUAUAGCACACUGUUCAAAGCGAAAUAUUCCAGUCAUUAUAGGUCGCGAAUUUUUAGAAAAAAACGACCUAUACAAUAUUCCUUGUCCAUCAUCAUUACUUGGAAUUUAUAGUGUGCACUCAUGCUCAGAAUUGAAAUCGUGGCCAUUAAAAAAUGUUAUUAGAAAAUAUGUGAAAUUGCCGCAUGAAAAUGACAAAUAUGCAGUUUUUCCAUUGAUACAUAACAAAAUUUAACAUGUAUUGAAGCAGAAUGGCUGGCACGUUGAAGAUGUACGCAGUCGUCGAAUUUGAAGAUGGACUUUCAGUAGUUCCAAAGAAUUGGUUAACUGAAGAUUCGACGGAAGCUUUUUGGCCUAUGUACACUAGUACUGCAAGACACAACAAAGCAGUUAAACGUGCGGCGGAGCCGGAAUCUACAUGGUCAAAAUGUUCCAUCCGAAAAAUAUAUGGGACAUAUUUGAGUUAUGACGUGGCAAGACAAAAGUUGAAACGAGCCGAAGAAGAGUCUGAUCUUACAUCAAAUACCGAGAAAGAUGAAUGUCGUAAGAAAUCAAGGAAAAAUAGAGCCAAAAAAGAUAGGAACUCAUCAAUGAGCAGCAAUGAUAAUGAACUGUCAGAUGACAGUAUAUGUGAGAAUAUCCCAAAAGCACCGAAUAAGUUAUCAAACGAAGUUACACAUUGGACAAAAACCAAAAAUGCACAAAAAAAUCCACCACGAGGUGUUAGUUCUGGCCGCAUUAAACCCGGAGGGUCUAGGAAUCAUCAAACACAAGAAGAAGAAGUAGACGACCCAGUAUAUAUUCAAAGAGAUAAGCGAGAUUAUGAAGAUAAUGAUGUUCAAUCAAGUUCGAACUUGACCUCUAAUAAAGGGUGA